UUUUACAUGGUUUUAGUUCAGUAUUCUUCCCUUCUUUUAUUCCUGAGUUCAUCAGUCUAUCUCUGAACACAAACUUCCUUUUUUUCCAGGACGAUGACGCUCCACUCUUUCCAAACCUCCUAGAAAAAGGAAGAGGAAGAUCUGGGACAAAGACGUGGGAAAGAGCCUCACUCCUUAGAGCAGCUUGGCAGUUUGAUAUUUUCCUGUGAAGAUGAUCCGGUUCACGGUUCUCUGUCACGUUUGGAUCCUUCACACGGCUCUGAUCGGCUCUGAGAACAGCACAGGUACCGACCCUCUCCUCUUGGUCCAGUACUCCGUCCCGGAGGAUCACCACAUCUGCCUGCUCUGUCCUGGUUCUGACGGCCUCGAUGUGGUUUGGACUCACGAUGACAGAAAGGUCCCGGUGAGCCGGCGGGGACGCUACGAGACCAACGACGACCCCGAACGUUACCUCCUGCUGUCUGACGGCAGCCUGCUCCUCCUGAUGCUCGACCACUCAGACGGCGGCGACUAUCGCUGCAACGGCAGGCUGGUGGCUGAGCUGCAGGUGCUCACAGGUCGGGACUUCUCGGUGUCUGCAGGCCGGACGCUGCUGCUCCCCUGUCGCGGCUCCCACAGGCCCAAAGAGAAGUGGUUUUACCGGAGGAGGGAGGGAAGGAGGCGAGAACUGAUCUUAACCUGGUAUGGGAACGGUACGGUGAAAUCAGAGAGGGAGGGGGACCGGCUCAGCUACGGGAACGGCGGUCUGCAGAUCCACGACCUGCAGCCAGAGGACGCGGGAGAGUACCUGUGCAACGGGCACGUGCAGGCCAGAGUCACCGUGCUCACAGAGCAUCCGGAGCCGACCAUCACCCUGCAAACUAGCAAACCUGCCACACCUGAGACAAAAACAGCUCACACAAAGAAGAAGGAGAAGAGCGGAGCUCAGAAUGUCCUGCUGAUGGUCGCUGUGGUCGGGCUGGGGUUGAUGAUCCUCUUCCUGGCUGCUGUUUGUGUUUUACUGACCAGCAUGAAGUGCAGAAAGGAGAACGAUUAUGCUAGCACAGCAGAUUCACAGAGACGGGAAGUCACCGAGCUGCAGCCGUGGAACACGUCUAUCUCACAACCAGAGUUAGAGGUGGCUGAUAGUCUGCCUCCACCGGAGGAGACGAUCCACUACGCCUCUCUGGGCCGACAGAACUGGAAGGAGAGACCCUGCAGGACUUCACCAGAUCAGAACCACCACCGCGUCAUCUACUCCUCCGUCAUCACCAGACCUGCAGCACGAUGAGACCGAGACACACUGCUGCCCUUAAACACAGGAAACACACACCGCUGCGUACCUGAAUAUGCUGAAGAGGAAGAAAGUUAGAAAUGACAGAAUUAGAGGCUUUUUAAUCGUAAUUUUUAUGUUCAUGUUAAAAAAAUCCACUUACACAAGUGUUUGUAUUUCACUGUGUUUAAUAAUAAUUCUGGUAGACAUACA